AUGCCUGGGAGGAAGGCGCGUAGGAGCGUGCAGCCGAGCCCUGCGCUGGCCCUGGCAGAGACCGAAGUGGAAUGUGCCAUUCAACUCAGGAGAUUUGGAGACAAACUGAAUUUCCGGCAGAAACUUCUGAAUCUGAUAUCCAAACUCUUCCGCUCAGGAACCUGA